GACAGAAAACCGUAUACCUAUUUCCUAAUCUAAGGGGCAGUGCAUUUGCUUCCCAGAUGGACACCUACACCAAAACAGGGAAGGUUUACCUCCAACCAUACAAAACUGGCAAAAACUGGAAGACAGUGUUGUUGUCUCUGUUUGCCUCCAGCAGUAGAGAAGUGGGUCGACUGGAGAUCCAGAAUAUAGGAGGUGGUGGUGCAGAAGUGAAUCAUGGCACUGCAGUCAGGAUACACCACCAGCCUCCGGGGAAAAAAAAGCUGAAGGUGGUUCAACUGUCCAAGCUGAUCAGUGUUGUCAGACUGCCUUCAAACGCUGAGGCCUGCCCGAUGGAGAACAUGUCAGCAUUUUGUGUGGAAACACAGGACAGAACAUUGGUGUUUGCUGCACUCAAAGACGACUGUGUGGACUGGGUAAAAAAACUGUGUCACAGCAUGUUUAAGGGAGUAGGUCCCUCAGGCUCAAAUCAGCAUCAUUUGGAGGAGAACCAGAUAUAUGCCUCAUCAGAUGAAGAAUUCUGGGUUAUAGUUCAGAGGACGGAUGCAGCAACAAGUUGUGGUCUACAGGGGUUUGCCUGGCUGCAGGUGGGACAGGAGGCACUUCAGCUGAGAGAAACACAGAGAAAGAAACUUGUCAUGGAGUGGCCUUAUGAACUGCUGAGAAGAUAUGGAAAAGAUAAGCUGACUUUAACCAUUGAAGCAGGGAGACGCUGUGACUCUGGUCCUGGAACAUUCACAUUCGAGACACCUCAGGCUGAGAAUAUAUUUUUCCUGAUCCAGAGCACCAUCAACCGAAAGACUUUAGCUAUUACAACAGGUAGCCAAAAUCAAGAGGGGAAGAAAUUUAUCGCAACAUAUAAACAGACCAAUUGCCCUAUCCCCAAAAUACCUGAUAUGAUCGGUAUGGCUAUUGUGGAGAGGGACCUGAGGACAGAGGAGGGGAAAUGUGGAGCUCCAGAAGAGAGUGCUUGUAUUCAAGGAGAACUGGUUUCACAAUCAGAAUGUGGAUCAGCACAGCCAGCUCCUAUCACCCUCAUGUCUCUGCCAUUGGUUCCCACAAAUGACAGCCUCUUUGGAGGUCAUCAACGUUGCCAAUCAGACCCUGUAUAUGCUGACCCAGCAGAAUGCAUUCAGUCUGUAUCAAAACUACAACUGUCCUUGGCUCUGUAUGUGGACCCUGCAGUUGUUCUUCCACUCAAACCCCCCACUUCAAGAGCAACUGUUGCUCCCCUUCCUGGCUCCUCAAUGUCACAUACUUGCUUUGACAUGGAUUACCCAGAUUCAGUCUACUCAGAGGUUUAUGACAGAGUUGCUCCAGUCCAAAUUAAACAUCUCAUCACCCAGAGCAGAGAAAAAACUAAGUGUUUUACAGAUGAUGACCCCAUUUAUACUGAGCCUGUGAAUGAGAAGGAGAAGAUCUUCCAUAAUACUGAAAACACACAUGACCCAUUUGCCCACCUGUAUGCUCAAGUAUGCAAGUCAACUUGUCCCUCAACAUCCUCUAACACCACCCCUCCCUGCUCUGCUCCCUCUUAUUCUGUUACUGGCAACACAUCAGAAACAUAUGACAUGGACCUGGCACUUGAUGAUGUCAUAAUUUAGGUAAUCAUUUUCCAGUGGUGGGAAGUAACAGUACAGUACUUAAGUAGAUUUUUCAAAUAUCUGUACUUUACUUGAGUAUUUAUUUUGCUGACGACUUUUUACUUUUACUCGAUACAUUUGAACACAAAUGUCGGUACUUUCUACUUCUUAUAUUCUCAAAACUGGCUCGUAACCUGAGCAGCAGAAGUUGGCACAACGCGCGCCUUUAUGCACGGCUAACCUCUAUCUCACUCAUUCGCCUGCCCACUGCCUCGGGAGAUGCGCAGGCUCGGCGGUGUUUGCCGUCGGGGGGCAGCGCAAGACCCUAAGCAUCCGGAGGUUGGUCGGGCUGCCUUGGUCGACCGGGGUCGAGAAGGCCAUCCCGGUAAUGAUCCCUCUGCAGGUUCCCCUUCAGAAACUUUGUCACGAGUUUUACUUCCUUUAGAUCAGUGGUUCUCAAAUGGGGGUACUUGAAGGUACUCCAGGGGGGUACGUGAGAUUUUUUUUAAAUAUAUUUCAAAUUAGCAUCCAUUCAAAAAUCCUUUAAAAUUUGUUAUUUAAUUAAUAUUCAAUAAAAUAUAAGUUUAAGUUCAUGAACUGAAUUUUAUAUUCAGUAGGCUAUUCAAUUUCAUUAACCUAAAAACCCAGAGUCUCCCCCACACGCCACCUCUCUUCACCUGUCAUCACUGCAGUGCCGCCUUGAAAACUCUGGAGUUUGGGUUGAAGCGAAGCAGCAAUGCCGCUGAAACACGGAGGGACAAUUGCCAAAGAAGGGGAGACCAGAGCCAGCUAAAUUCCGUCAGUAUUCACAAGAAGGUCGAGACUUUAACUGAUGUUUUCAGGUUUAUUUGAAACUUCCCUAAACCACACCGUGAGAGCUUGUGCCUCUUUGGAGGGGCGCUAAAUCACACUUUUCCGUUGUGAAGUUACAAAUUCAUAACAGGAACUCUGCGUCUCUACCGGAACACUUUCAAAAUAAAAGCAUUUGAUAAAAAAACGGAAAUGAAAUUGUCUGACCUUAAAGCGAGCAAAUAUUUCACAAUAAAAAUAACAGAAAGAUACUUCAACAAUAUUAACAAUUACAUAGUUUGGGUAAUUAACACGUCGUGUUUUUUCUAUGGGGAGACAUUAGCCACAGUGACAUUAAGGCAACACAUCUUCAGCGGUAUCUCCAGACAAAACAUGAAAGUCAUGUUGGUAAACCACCUGAGGUUUUUUUAAAAGGAAGUUUCUGAAUUCAGGUCAUCUCAAGAAACGAUGCGAAAAGCCUCCCCGAAGCAAACAGAAACAAGCUACCUGUCACUUAUCAGGAAAAACUCCUGGAAGUGUCAUCUGACCGUGGCCUCCAGAUGAAGUUUGCCACAUCCACACUCACAAAGUUUUGGGUGUGUGUGAAGCAGGAGCACCCACACCUGGGACGGAAAGCUUUGUAGCAGCUACUACCCUUUGCCUCCACACAUUUAUGUGAGGUCUCCUUCUCUGCAAUGAGUGUGAUCAAAAAAAAGCAAAGAAACAGACUGUGCAAUGAGAAGAGCUUGAUCACAGCAGUUGCUUCCCUGCCACCAAGACUGACAAAGAUCCUCAGUGAAGCAUAAGCACAAGUUUCUCACUAAAAUGUAAAUGCAAAAGCACCCACUCAGCUCAAUGCAACAAUGUAAUCUUAAGUGCUAUCAGUUUGUAAAUUUAAGAUGUUUAAGAAGUGUCUAUAAUAAAGUUCAUGAGUUCAGUUUGAGAACAUCUUUAUUAUGAUCCAAAAAAAGGUCACUUUAAGUUGAUAAAUAUUUUAAUGUGCACAAAUCUUUAUUUAUAAUUGAGAUAAUUAUUUAUUUUAAGUCUUUAGUUAUUUUCAUAUCAUUUUAUUUCCAAAUAGAUCAAGAGAGAGAGAAGUUGUCUAGUUACUAGGUUUAUUAAAAUCAGACACUAAUGGCACAGCACUGUGUAUUGCAUCUUUCUUUCAACCAAAAAUGCUUUGCGCUGGUUAGGAGGUACCUGGCUGAAUUUUUUUUUCAAAGGGGGUACAUCACUGAAAAAAGGUUGAGAACCACUGCUCUAGAUGAUCAAGUUUGAUUGUCCUCUCGGCACUCCGCCUGGGACGUGACCAAAUCUGGCAGGGCCGAUCCGAGGACCUUACCAAACCAUCCAAUGGGUAGUAGCGAUGUGUGUACAAAGGGCAGGGACUUAAUCAACACAAGCACAUUCCCCAUCCAUUUAUUACCUUUGGAAUAAUACAGGGGCUCAUGCAGGAAAUAAGUUCAGUUCAGUCUUUCUUAUUCUGUGUGAAAUUUGGCCUGCAACUAAACUAGACUGUGUCCAGUGAUUUGUAUCUUCUGUGUAGGGCAGAGUGGGGUAAUGUGGGGCAUUUUUUACAUUUGCUCCCCUCGAGGCGAUAAAAUAUACACAUUUCCCAUUAAUUCAGGAUGUUUUAUAGCAAUGGAAAAGAUCAGCAUGUCUUCAGGACAGAGGGCAGUGAAAAUAUGAUUGUUUUUAAAAAAGUGGUCUUGUGUCUCACUUUACCCCGGUUGUAAUAGUUACAAUCCUGACAGCUAGAUUGACAACCACACAUUCCAAAACUAAUAUCGGACUAGUAACAGAAUCAUGGGGAUUGGUCAAUUAAGCACAUUUAUGAUUAUUAUGAUUCAUGUGAUCUCUUGCACACCCUAGCUUACCUGCACAUUCUUUCUCUGUCCAAUUGGCACGGACAGGGAUAUUGUUUUUCUCUGCGUAUUCAAAUGCCAGUUCACUUAAUAUAACACUUACAUAUGUUUAAGACUAAACUUAACUUAUGCUUCAUGGUGCACAGCAUUUGUCCCACUUUACCCCACAGCCACCGUUUUAGAAAAAACAACAUCUCUUAGCAAUUCAGGCUAAUCUUCAGCUAGCAUCAAUCACAUGGUUUUAUAUGUUGGAAGUUCACCAACAUGUGUGAUAUAAGUUUUUCUACCUGAUUCAAUUUGUUUUGACACAACAGUUGAUUAAGUUCAAAGCAAGAAAAUUUACUUUUACAUGCAAAAAACAUGCUUUCCACAGCACCAGCACCAAAUUCUCCUUCAUGGCGAGGGGGGGAUGGGAGGGGCUUGAACACAUAAUGGUCAAAUGACCACUAAUGUGUUCCGUUGCCUAGAUACAGGGGGUGUCUCACAUUACCCGAUGUCCCACUUUACCCCGCUCUCCCCUACUAGCACUGUCCAGGUUGUUAACAAAAGAGGAAAACUAUAAUAUUUUGUGUGCCUAGAACUUGUUUGAGUUAUCAUGAGGGGCAUUGUGUAUCAUUCCUGCUACUGAUAAGAAAGUGAAAGGUUCAUGUUUAGUGAAAUUUACAGAAUUUUUGUAGUGUUUAUACUGUGGUCUAUUAGUGUUCUGAGGCACUUGUAUAUUCUGUUGUGUUGGUUCUUUGUUUUCCCUAGAAGUUCAGAUAGACUAGUCCAUUACUAUUUGAACCUCAGCAUCUGUUAUAAUUGAACAGUUGAAAUAAAUCCUGAAGAGAAAAAUG